AUGUUCAAAGGCUAUUCGAGUAUUCAGAACCACUACAUGAAGGGAGUGGUGGAUUUUCAAUUUGAACCUAAUUUCUCUCGGGAAGUUGAGUGGGUGGUUACCGAGAAGGUUCAUGGUAGUAAUUUUAGUUAUGUUGUUUCAGUGAGAGAGAACGCAGAGUUGGAUAUUCAAGUUGCAAAACGAACUGAAAUUCUUGUUGCCGGUGAUCCAUCAUAUUAUCCAAUUGCUGUUCAAAAAGUGAGAGAAAUUUAUGACAAGAAAAUGCCAAUUCUCUUCAAACGUGUGUCAGAGAUUGUCGAUGAAAAUUUCAAAAUAACUGUGAAUAGGGUGAAUGUUUUUGGAGAGUUAUUUGGUGGUCACUAUCCUCACAAGGAAGUGCAAAAUGUGAAUGGACGAGUUCCUAUUCAACGACAUGUGUAUUAUCAUACAGAAUUCGAUUUUUACAUAUUUGACAUUUAUUUCUCAGGUGUUGAAAAGGAAACCCUGAAGGAAAAACAAUUCUUUCUUCCUUAUGACUUAUUUGUGAAAGCUCUUUCAGAGUGUGAAUUCAAUUGCUACGCAAAAGAAAUUUUUAGAGGAACGUUUGAAGAAUGUUUGAAAUUUGACUGUGUUUUUGACUCAAUAAUUCCUUCAUAUUAUGGACUUCCUGGGUUGCCUCAUCACACAAACAUCUGUGAAGGAAUUAUUAUUAAACCUGCCAAGGACAUGUACACCCAGAAACGAGAAAGAAUGAUUAUCAAAAAGAAGAAUGACGCAUUUAAUGAAAAGAUCGGACAAGCUAAGAAAACAAAACAAAAGGAUCACACCAAAACUAGCAGUGACGAAAGCAGAUUUACACACGAAAAGGGAGAACAAGUUUUCGAAGAUGUCACUAACUAUAUCAACGAAAAUAGAUUGGAAGCAACCAUUUCCAAGUUGGGCGAUAUUUUCAAAUUCCACAAAUUAAGGGAGCAAGCAAUCUAUCUCUUGGCACAAGAUGCACUUAAGGAUUACAAGGAUGAAAAUUCAGAGCUGUGGAACGAACUCCCAAAGGAAGACCAAAAGACCAUUUCAAGGGCCCUUCCUAAAAUUUCACAAAGAUUUGUGGACACGUAUGUGAAAGAAAGAAUGGAAGAGAAUGAAAACAAGGAAAAUUAA